AUGAUUUUGGAUGUUUUUCAAGUUCUGAUAGCUGCCAAGAAAGCGUUGUACUCCGCAGACAAAAACAGUCUUGCAACACAUGGUCUGCACACUGAACUCAUCUACUGCUUGUCGGGACAGAGGAGUAUUUCGGCAGCUCUGAACACGUUUGGGGUACAGGCCGAGAGCAAACAUGUGGUUGUAGUCGUCAUCGAUGAUGACGGAGAGACCUUCAAUACGAUUGCUACACUAAUAGACGGAAAACAUGGUAACCUCGAUGUACUGAAAGAUAUCAGCGACACAGAGAAGAUCAAGAAGAUGUGCGAUUGA